AUGAAAGGAGGCAAGUCGAAAACCGAAUCUAAGAGAGCCGAUCCCAAACUUGCCGUGAAUAAAAAGGGCGCCGCCACCAAGGCUAGGAAACCAGCCGGCAAGGGGAAGGCUGCAAAAGACCCUAACAAGCCAAAGAGGCCUCCCAGUGCUUUCUUUGUUUUCAUGGAGGAGUUUAGGAAGCAAUUCAACAAGGAACAUCCUGACAACAAAGCUGUGUCUGCAGUGGGGAAAGCUGCCGGAGCAAAAUGGAAAUCGAUGACCGAUGCUGAAAAAGCACCAUAUGCUGCAAAGUCUGAGAAACGGAAGGUAGAGUAUGAGAAGAGCAUGAGAGCCUAUAACAAGAAACAGGCGGAAGGUCCUACUGGUGGAGAUGAAGAAGAAUCUGAGAAGUCAGUAUCUGAGGUGAAUGAUGAGGAUGAUGAUGAGGAGGGCAGUGGCGAGGAGGAGGAUGACGAUUAG